ACACAAAGCCCAACAUAAACAACACAACGUGGAGCAAAGAAUCAGCGUCAGAAGCCAGAGCUUUGUCCAGCUUUGACUUUAUUUAAACUUUUUUUUCCCCCUACAGCACUUGAGUGCAGCUGAGCACCAUGAGUCACGUGGAGGUGAAGAACCUGAAGCCCACCACCUUUGAGGAUCAGUAUUAUGACGAAUAUGAAUAUUACAAUCUGACAGACAGACACACGGAGGGCGCGAGCCGCAAAGGCAGGACGAAGAAGGAGGCCAGCUGCAACACGAACCGCCACAACCCUGGCGGGCACGAGCGCAAAAUCGUCGAGAAGCUCCAGAACGCGGAGAAGAAGGCCAAAGAGUGAACUAAACAGAUUUGUUCGGACGGCUUAAUAUGGAAACCGACCUUUCGGCGCCUUGGCGUCAGAUUUCAAAAGGCAGAAGAUAAUCGACGUGCCCUUCCGGUACGAGUCUGCUGAAAUGACCCUCGGUGGCCUGUUUGGGGGGCUUUAUACGCGGUUUUGGAUGUGCGCAUGCGCAACACACCUGAGCAAGCGGGCACAGGACGCAUUGAUGAGCGCGUGCAGGAUGGUCAAUGAUACCUUUUUGGUGUUGGUGGUGUUUUUUUAAACAAACGUUUUUAUAUCACAGACAAAAUACUAAAACUGAUGAGAAAUAAAGACAUUUUACAAAGACCUUUAAA